CUACAACUCUGUUGGCCGAACCACGAGAGGGUGACUUCAACAUGUUUCAAACUAGCUUAUCAGCGGACGGAGGACAAACUCAAGUAGGCGCUGAGAUAAACGAUGAAGCAGUGAUGCAAGCGAUUCGAUUGAGUAGAAAGGCUGUGGAAACGAUCGAAUUAGAACAAGAACAAGCGAUGGGUUCUUCGGUUCACAGUCGCACCGAGAUGUCGGCACCAACACAGCUACUUCUCGAGAAGAUGACUUCCACAGAAACUACUCAAGAAACCGAAACAAGCACAG